CUCUCUCUCAGUUCACUCCCGACAGUGGAGUCAUUCGCAUCUAGUUUACGCUCGUGUGGUCCCAUAAAAAUAAGUGUGUGUGUACAGAGUACGUUACACACACAAUUGUUUUUGUGCGGUGUGUGUGUGAACUAACCCGGAAAAAAGAAAGAAAGAAAGAAAGAAAAGUGUGUUCAUUCGUAUAGAGUUGCUGGAUUUGAAAGUAGUUUUUUGUUUUAUUUUUCAAUCAAUGAAAUUCUCAACGAAACGUGUCUUGAAGAAAAGAUGACGGAAUGGGACGGAUCGUGUCGUUUCAUAACUGGCGAUAAAUAGGAUCGCGCUGGGGACCAUUCAUUUCCGUACAUUGUGUGCAUCAAACAAGUGAAAGGAUUUCGUUUCUUCGUCUCGGAUUGUCUCAGCUUCUUGUUGGCUAUCAUUCAAAGAUGACUAUCAACGUGCCUGGCCUCGUGUCCAUUGUCACUUUUUACAUCCUCAUUCUGGCUGUGGGCAUUUGGGCCGGAUGGAAGAAUCGGGGUAAAGGAUCCCAAGGCGGAACGGAGCAAGUCAUGUUAGCCGGAAGGGAUAUGGGGACAUUUGUCGGUAUCCUGACCAUGACAGCUACUUGGGUAGGUGGAGGCUAUGUCAUCGGUUCGGCUGAAGGAGCUUUCACCAGCGGCGUUGUUUGGUGCCAGGCUCCGUUUGGAUUCGGCAUCAGUCUCAUCGUCGCUGGAUUAUUUUUCGCCAAUCCCAUGCGCAGCGCUGGAUACCACACGAUGCUGGACCCCUUCCAGGAGAAGUACGGUGCCAAAAUCGGAGGUCUCCUUUUCCUCCCGGCUCUUUGCGGAGAGAUUCUCUGGUCAUCAGCCAUUCUGUCCGCCCUCGGCUCCACUCUAUCCGUCAUCGUCGGCUUGGACACCACCAUUUCCGUUGUGGUGAGCGCAGCGGUGGCUAUGCUCUAUACCUUGUUUGGUGGCCUCCACAGCGUCGCUUAUACGGAUGUUGUCCAGGUAUUUUGCAUCGCCAUCGGACUGACAAUUUGCGUGCCAUUUGCCUGGACUCAUAAAGCGGUCGACACAAAGGCUUUAACUAUCCCAGGAGCCUGGGAAGGAGUGAUAGAGAUCUACAAUGUUGGAGUCUACAUUGAAAAUUACCUCCUUAUUGUCAUAGGAGGCAUUCCUUGGCAGGUAUAUUUCCAGCGGGUUCUAGCGUGUAGAACACCAAAACAAGCUCAGACUAUUUCAUAUAUGGCUGGUCUGGGAGCUAUCCUGCUGGCAGCUCCACCUAUAUGCCUGGGAGUCAUUGCCAGAGUUACAGAUUGGAGUGCUGCAACCCACGGAACGAUCAAUGUCACAGCCGAGGAGCACGGGAAAAUGAUUUUACCUCUAAUGCUGCAAUUCUUGACACCGCCUUGGGUUUCCUUUAUUGGUCUGGGCGCAAUUUCUGCGGCAGUCAUGUCCUCGGCGGAUUCGUCCAUUCUUUCAACCAGUUCCAUGUUUGCCAGGAAUAUUUAUCAAGCCAUUUUCUUCACUGACGCGUCCGAACGACACGUCCUUCGAGUUAUGUGGGUCGCUAUUGUGAUCGUAGCUGCGCUGGCGUCUCUGAUGGCAUUGACUGUCAACUCUAUUUAUGGGCUGUUUUUGCUGAGUGCCGAUUUGGUCUACGUUUUACUAUUUCCUCAGUUAUUGUUGAUCCUCUACUGGAACGAAUAUUGCAACUCGUAUGGUUGCAUCGCCAGCUUUUCCACAGGGUUUUUGUUUCGAAUUUUAGGAGGCGAGCCGCUGAUAGGAUUGCCGGCAACUUUGGCUUAUCCUUUCUACGAUCGAAACCUUGGCCAAUUGUUUCCCUUCCGAACGAUGAGCAUGAUCAUAUCCUUAAUGUCACAUGUCAUCGUAUCGUUAACCACUCGGUGGAUCUUUUUAAAUAGUUGGUUGCCAGCUAGUUGGGACUUGCUCAAAUGUUUCAGCGAUCCGGUCACCUGUACAGCAGUGAACAUCCGUCAGGCCGCUUCUGCAGCGACUGUAGCCACGAUUUCGCAAUUCGGUGAUCCGCGAAGAAAAAGUCACGACGGUACAAUUAACGUCCAGCAUCAAGAUUUAAAUAUGGGGCGGAUGUACAUACCCAGGCCGAAACUGAGAAGGAAUUCAGCUCAUGGAAUUUACCGAAGAUCAGAUAAUUUAUCUAGUUCUUCGCAAAGAUAGAUAACUACGUAAUCAUUACAAAUUUCCCCCGUUCAUUACACGCCACGUGCUUGUACUAUACUAAAUAUAUAGCUCAAUGGGUGCCA